UCGCGGCGGGACCCCCGGGGUGACGGCGGGGCGGACUCCUGGAGACGCCCGGGACUCGGCCGGACAACCAGGCCCGCCCGGGGCCGCCUCUCCCGGGGCCCGCAUGGACGCCCAGGCGCGCGAAGGCCCCCGCGGGCGCGCUCUGCGGGAUGCGGCAGAAAAUGUAUUUCAGGAACUUCAAGAACAUUUUCAAGCUCUGACUGCAACAUUAAACCUCAGGAUGGAGGAGAUGGGAAAUCGUAUUGAGGACUUGCAAAAGAAUGUGAACGACUUAAUGGUGCAGGCUGGGAUUGAAACUUCUGCUAAUGAGCAAAUGACCUGAAGGCAGUGGACCAGUCACCCAAGAGUGGUAAAAAUGAAAACUGUACUUUUGAGUAAUACACGAUUAUUUAAGUUAAAAUUUCAUCUUAGUAAAAUAAGAUUAACAGAGCAAUGGCAAUGCAGUAAGGAUGUAAAUUCAGGUGAUUAACUCCUUACAAAGAUAGCUGUAAAAUGGCAAAAUUUCCCAGUGAAUACCUAACAUUUGUAAAUCUUGGAAGAAAAGUGUAAGCUCUAUUAUGUCACAUUCUUGUUCUGAAUUGUUCUAUAUAGGUCUUUUUUGGAAAAGAUCACACUUUUCUGAGAGAAGUUGCUUCUUAAAUAACUGUAUCCCAACUCAGCGUUUCUGGUCUCAGUUUUUGGGGGGACUCAUUUUCAUCUUUCCGGCCAAAACAGAUUCUGAUAGGAUAUUCUCCAAACCAAACCAGAGCAAGAAAACCAGUGACCCAGGAGCUCUGCAUUCACCCCUGGCUGGCCUCAUGCCCUCCGCUCUCCCAGACGCAGUUACCAAGGAGCACAAAGAUCAUACUUACCGUUACCCUGUAGAUUAUAGAGAAUGUAUGUUCUAUAUACAAAUGUCCAAUUCACCUCUCUGAGCCAAAGUAAAAUAGAGCUAUGAUCACCUAAAAAGGGGUCUCUCAUUAUAAAAGAUAUUAUUCCUGUGUAUAAAUCAUAUUCUUUAUACAAGUUAAAAAUCACCCAAAAUUCUACAAUUUAGAGUUGUCAACAUUUUUCUGUGCAAUUUUAUAUAUAUACAAAAUAUGUAUAUAUGUGAUAUUAUUUAUAAUCUAAUAUCCUGUUCUGUUUUCAUAAAACAUUCCCCUAUGAAAAUUUUGUGCCCACUUUUAACAGCUAGUCUAUCAUAUGGCCAUAAGAAUUUAAUCAUCUUUUCCUUUAAUAUUCCUUGGACUUUUCCCUUUCUUGCUAUUAUAAAUGAUGCUAUAAUGAGCACUGUCAUCCUGAACUCUGUUCACACUUCAUUAGGGUCAGAAGGAUGACUAAAGCCAAAUACAUCUCAAAAAGUCCUUUUAUUCUCCCAACAGUGACGCAUAUCUUGUACAAUCCAGCUUUAAAUGGCAUAAUUUAAGUUCAAUAUUCUUGGUUAUUUAAAAUCACAAAAGUUCCAUGUGAUUAUGUGAAAAAUCUCAAAGCAUCUUAGCUGUGCUUGUAAUUUUAGCAGAAACUAGAGUGGAUAUUUGAAGUAAACUAGAUUUGAGUCCUCAUCAAUAAUACAGAACAGUUUAAAAUCCAGGAUUUCAAAGAAAUUGAAUAGAAAAGAAAGACUUAUUAGUCAAAAAAUACCUCUAAAGAAAUCUCCAAGCUGACCCCCUUUUAUAGACUGACAUUUAACAUCUCAACUAUUCAAUCAAACCACAGACGUCUACCUUUAAAGAGAAUAUUUGGCAUUUUUUAGUAUCAUACCUGUUUCAAUGUCUUCCUAACAUUUAUGUAAAUGACUGCUAUAUCCCAGCACUCUGUUACAUAUAUUUAAAAGAAAGACUGUUUUCAUUCUGAUGUUUCAGAAUGUUUACAGAGGGAAAGUAACAGAUGCAUUUACAUGUGUCUAUACACUUAUUCUAUGUUAGACUAGGUAAUACAAAACUUUAGUAGAAAGCAGUUUAUUCAUAAGUAAAAUGGAGUUAAUUGAAUAUUAAAUCAUAUGCCUGAAAUUUAAAACUCAACGCAAGUUCUGAAACUUAUGAAAACAUAAAGCUUACUAAUAAAGGGCUGAAUUUGUAAAGCUUUAAA